GCUGAGUGAGGUAAUCAAUCAAUCAGCCUCAUUAGCGCGCAGAGCAGGAGCAAUCCACGUCCUGACCCUACCUGGCUUAAUUGAUUAUUAGUACGAGUUUAUUGGUUUUGACUGGCGGAAGUCGCGAUGGAUGAAGACUGUGAUUUAGCUGAAGAUUUUGACUGUCCGAGCCUUCUGUGUGAGGAACUGGAGGAUCUGGAAACAAAGAACAACCAAGGGAGUGUGAGGAGGAGGAGGGAAGGAGGGGAAGUGUUUAAUCAGAGGGUGGGUGAAGAGGCAGGAGAGGAGACAGAGCGAGAAGGGGAGGAGGAGGAGGAGGAGGAAGAAAAAGUUGUUGAGGGAGAUGAAGAGGAGGAGCAGGUGAAGCUAGAGAUUAGGCUAGGAGAGGAGGAGUUACAGGAUGUGCAGAUGGAAGACAAUAAGAUUGAAAACAAGGAAGAAAUUGCUGAUAAGCAACAAGAGGAUACAGAAACAAAAGGUCCAGAAGAGAGAGAUGAGAAGCAAAAGAACAGGAAGAGACGAGGGAAAAAGCAAAGUGAGCGAGUGAGAAGCAGGAGAGGUUUAAAGGAUGUUAGUGAGCAGUUUGAGGAGGAAAAGAUACAGGAGCUGUCAGCGAUGAGCUCAGAGGAGAGCUCGGCUCUGUCGGAGCCUCCCGUUGGACUCAUGAGCAGCUGCGACUUGUCUGAUCCUGUCUAUCUGGGUUGUGGUGGGACAGGGCUGUAUUGCCCCCAAGUUCCUGUUCCUUUGCUGUAUUCAUCGCAACCUCCAGUCCCGAUCCAACCUGCACCUCCUCAGCCCCACGGGACAAAAAGACCUCACAGUCCCCUUCCACCUCACAGUCUGCCGCAGCAGGGCCCACAGCCUCUCGAGAUGGAGAUAACUCAGGUCUACUCAACCCGGCGCUCCAUCCGCUAUAGCACCAGGGGUCGAGGCCGGGCCCUGAGCUUCUCUCUACUGCCGGGGAUAGAGACUGUGGACAGCUGCCUCCUGCCACCCGCACCGAAGAAGAAAACACGAACACUCUACAGUACUGAUCAGUUAGAGAAUUUAGAGGCCUUGUUCCAGGAGGACCACUAUCCUGACGCAGAGAAGAGGAAAGUCAUCGCUGCUUCAGUUGGGGUCACACCUCAAAGAAUUAUGGUCUGGUUUCAGAACCGAAGAGCUAAGUGGAGGAAAGCGGAGCGCUCCACCACAGCAAAGGUUGAACACAGACAGAGAUGCAGCAGCAGCCCUACACAUCAACAAAUCAACCCCACCCUGCCCACACUGGCACCCAACAAUAAAGGAGCUCCCUCUUUUUCUGGUCACUUUGGGACCAAGCUGCCCCAGCUCACCCCUGCAGCACCUUCUUUCCCCACUCUGUCCAACCAGGCAUCCUACAGCAACCUGCUGGCAAGCCUCAACAGCCCAGAUCAAUCUAGAGUGAGAGAUGGGGGCCAGCACCAGCUUUCAUCUCAGGGGGGGUUAGCAGAGUACCACCCCCGCCCCAUGCACAGCCCUCCCCCCCUGCGCCGAGCCAGUCUCCCCCUGUUCACGACGACGUACAACUCUGCAAACCCGACUCCACCUCUCCUUAACACCCUGGCUCACACCCCACCUCUAUUCCUGGAUGCUUUAGAGGGUGGCUCCUCCUUGGCCUAUCGUGACACCCAGCCUCUGCAGGCAGACACCAGUUCUCUAUUUGACUUUGGGGAGAAGCUUGACUACCUGACCUCAAACCAGCAGAACAACACCCUCCCCUACCAGCUCCAGACCUCCUACCCCACCAGCCAGCCCCAGCACCAACCUCAAGCCUCUCUGCCCCGUAUGGCCUUCCUCACCCCUUCCCCCUACCUGACCCCCAACCCUCCAGAUUCCAACCCUACCUCCUACCUGACCUUUGGCCCCGGAGGAAGCUCCACAGGGAUGGUGACCUACUCAACUGGAGGACACACCUACUUCCAAUCCCAGAACGCAGGACAGAUCCUGCUGCAGUCGGCAGGUCAUCAUGGUGGGAUCACAGCGUAUCAGUCUUACCCGUGGGGCAACAUGUACAGUCAACCAGCCAUCCACCAGCGUGCUCAGUGCCCUCCAACUUACCCAACCAACAUGGGAGGUGUUCGAGAUCACCAGCCGCCCUCCUCCACCACUCUACCUCCCCCCUCUUUCUUCACCCGGGGGGACCACGGGCCCUCGCAUGCAAACUCCCAGCGCUCAUCACACACCCAUACACUCACCGCCACCACCAACAGCAGCACCACCACGGUUCUCCCUCCUGUUUCAACCCUGCGGCCUUCUCGCCUCAGAGCAGAGAUCACGCCAACCAAGGCAGCGUCCCUGCUGCCUUCUCAGGUCAGCCCUGCUUCUCCAGAAAGUCCUCCAGUGCCCCCUUGUGUCAAGAUUGAGUAUGACAGCCCUCGAGAGAUUCACAGCCACUUCCACUGUGACUUCUCCCCCAUACAAUUUUGACUCUAUGUUUGUGUGAGCGAGCGUGUCUUUGAAGUAUCUGCUUAACUGUGUGUGUGAGUGUGUUCCAUUUAUAUCAUCAUUAGGAUGUUCUCAGUAGAAAUACUUAUGUCAACAGACUUGCUUGGGCUGCAUUUAGCUUGGCUGCAAUAAAUACUCAUUGCACUGUUAAUUAUUUAACUUGCUUUGCUGUGUGUGUGAAAUCUGUUUUGUUAACCGGAUCUAGAGGGAUGUGGGAGGUGGGUUAAUUGGCCCACUAGUAAAUGCAUGCAUGCUCACAAAUUAUGAACAUUUUGAGUCAGGCGUGAUCACCUCCCAACACACAAAUAAGAGCAUCAGAGUUUAGUCCAUGAAUUCACCUGGAUAGUCUCAGUUUCAGAGACUGAGUUUCAGUUGUUUCAGGCUGACUGUGGAGGUUUGCCUGAUCUGAUCCCUUGAUUGGCAGCCGCAGCAUGCGGUGGGCUGCAUUUUUCCAAAAGCCGGAUCUGGCUUAACUUCUCCACCACAGGUUGCUACUUUUUUUGGCGGACAUCCCUGCGCCCCACACACCGCAACAGCCAAAACAGACAACCUCAAAUGAAUGGAAAAACUUGCAUUUCGCCACAGUGCUGGAUCCUGUCUGAAUGUGGCCUUACCACACAGAUAGAUUACUUAAUGGCUCUGUUCAUUCAAAGGGAAAUUCAAGUAUAGAC